GUCACCCUUGAGCCUCUCCGGUCCCUUGAGCCGCUCCCCCCGGCAUGAGAAGAAGAAGAAAAUCCGGAAAUAUUGGGACGUGCCCCCCCCCGGCUUCGAGCACAUCACCCCCAUGCAGUACAAGGCCAUGCAAGCUUCCCCGCGGCGUUCCCGGCGUUCCCGCUCACAAUUCCCGCUCUCCCGGCAGUUCCGCUCCGUGGACGAGACCACCCAGGCCAUGGCGUUCGACGGGAUCAUUUUCCAAGGGCAGUCGCUGAAGAUCCGCCGGCCCCACGACUACCAACCGCUGCCGGGAAUGUCGGAGAAUCCCUCCGUCUACGUUCCGGGCGUCGUGUCCACGGUGGUGCCGGACUCGGCGCACAAGCUCUUCAUCGGCGGCCUCCCCAACUACCUGAACGACGACCAGGUCAAGGAGCUCCUGACGUCCUUCGGGCCGCUCAAGGCCUUCAACCUGGUCAAGGACAGCGCCACGGGGCUGUCCAAGGGCUACGCGUUCUGCGAGUACGUGGACAUCAACGUCACCGACCAGGUGAAUUCCCGGCGUUCCCGGCAUUCCCGGCGUUCCCGGCAUUCCCAGCCUUGCUUUUUUGGUGGUUUGGGACAGGCUGUCGCCCCCUCCCAGAGCACCAUAAACCAGACCCCGGUGACGCUGCAGGUGCCCGGGCUCAUGAGCUCGCAGGUGCAGAUGGGCGGCCACCCCACCGAGGUGCUCUGCCUGCUCAACAUGGUGCUGCCCGAGGAGCUGCUGGACGACGAGGAGUACGAGGAGAUCGUGGAGGACGUGCGCGACGAGUGCGGCAAGUACGGCCUGGUCAAGAGCAUCGAGAUCCCGCGGCCCGUGGACGGCGUCGAGGUGCCCGGCUGCGGAAAG